CUUUAAAUGGAAGCUGUGGAAGUGUUUGCAUCGAGCCUGAGCUAUAAAUACGCUUCAGUCCUCUACCUGCUGCAGGGCUGGCUGUAAUUUGAAUUCUCGGGAGAUAAAUAAGAAUCAGAGACGCAUGGAUCCUUUGUGCAGGCUGGGCUCUCUCACAAUGCAGGGUGACUCAAGUUAAAGACACACAGUGGAUGUUCUCGUUAACAGGAGAGACUGACGCUCCUAUUCCCGCGACAUCAUCAUCCCACACUCCGUGGAGCUCCACGGUGCGCGGUGAUGCUCAGUCCUGCACAGUAGCAGCUACAGGAGGCGUGCGUGUCCGUGCCACCGGAGCACCGGGAGGAGGACCGGGGAGGAGGACCGGAGCAGAGGCCAGCUUCUCUCUCUCUCUUUUUUAUUUAUUUUUUCCUCCUUUUUUCUACCGGACACUUGACACACACACACACACCGUGAAAGAGAGCGCUUUUCUGGGGGGUUGCUCUGCCCCCGCCUCCCACUCUCCCCGAGCGAUGGCAUCCACGGAUCGAUCCACGGGAGCGCGUUGAGGCUCUGAGUGAUGCAGUCUCUGUUCGGCGGAGGGGAGCUGGGGUUGCUGGGAGGAGGCGGCGACGCAGGAGGUCUGAAGGAGGAUGGCUGCGGCAGCGUGGCGUGGCACUCCUCCACCCUGCCCGCCGACGAUGUCUACUCAGCCUCCCACUUUGCCCUUAUCACCGCCUAUCAGGACAUCAAGACGAGGCUGGCCUGCCUGGAGCGAGAGAACUCCAGUAUCAAGAGGAAGCUCAAGAUCUAUGAGAUCAAGUUCCCUAUGAUCAGCGAGUUUGGGGAGAACACUAACUCCUACUGCUCCUUUGAGAGCAAGGAGACGGCGCUGCUGCACUCGGAAAAUGGAAACCUGCAGCAGAGAGUCAACGUCCUGACCCACGAGCUGCAGAAGAGGAAGGAGAGAGAGGAGCAGCUGGAGGACGUGAUCCAGGCCUACGAGAAGAUUCACAUGGAGAAGAGCAACCUCCAGAGGGAUCUCGACAAGAUGACGAGCCUGGUGGAGAAGCACGUGGAGCGUAUCCUGGGCCUGGAGUCGGCUCUGAGGCAGAGGGACAACUCCCUGCAGAAACUCAACAUGCAGCUGCACAGCAAAGACAUGCAGUACCUACAGCUGCACGCCGGCCCGGACGCACACAUGCUGGACUGCCCAGCCUUGACCCUUCAGAGCUCCCGCAGCCUCGACACCCUGUCCGACCUGAAGCUGCAGCGGCUGGAGGCGGAGCUGGAGGGCGCCCGGCACGAGGCCCAGGGGGCAUGCCAGCGGGAAGAGGAGCUGAAGGGGGAGUGCGAGAGGCUGAAGGAGGAGAUGAGGAUGCUGCAGAACAGCCAGAGGGACAGGGAAAUGACUUCUCCGUGCAAGCAGUGCGACGUGGAGUGGAUAAAGAAGGUGGGAGACGAGCAGGUGAAUCUGGCUCUGGCCUACACAGAGUUAACGGAGGAGCUGGGGCGCCUCCAAGCACUGAGCUCCAAGCAGACGGAGAUCCUGAGGAAAGCCUCGCAGGAGCAGGCUAGUCCAGUCCAGCUUCACUCUCCCAUCCACCACCAGCGCCACUCUCCGGUAUCUCAGCGCCACUCGCCCAUCUCACAGCGUCACUCUCCAGUCCCUCCUCCGCCGCAACACUCCCCGAUCCAACAGAGACGCUCCCCGGUGCUGCAGCGCCUCUCCCCGGACAUGCACCGCCGCUCACCCCUGCUGGACGUCAAUGACGGCCCGGCCUCUUACUCCUGCCGGCCACCCAGCCAACACCUGAGGGCCAGCUUCCAAGGCCGUCGCAGUUACUCUGAGGUAGCCGACCCCUCGGCUUACCAGUGCCCACCUCGCUUCUCCCUGGACCCUGUCUCCACCCUGCCUAAGCCACGGCCCUACAUUGAGGGCUACCCAAAACAGCAGCCCCAACAUGUGGGCUCGCCUCACGGUGGACUGCAGCACAGAAGCUCCCCAUCUCCCCAUCAAGGUGGUGGAGGAGGAGACGGGGGCCUCGGGGAGAGCUCCAUGCGCCACUCAAGAGAAAUGCCGUUCCCACUGUCUGAGGUGGCCCACCUGCAUUUUGAGCCUCCUCCUCCUUCUACACCGGCCCCCCAGCCACCACAGUCCUCUGAAGAUGAGGAGGAGUGGACCUGCCCGCAUCCCAUCAGCCCACCACGGACGCUGGGCGUGCUCUCUGCUGCAGUGCCCAGUGGCAUCAUGAGAGGCCCAGCAUCCUGCUCAGCCUUCCCCAUCCCUCAGAGGCCUAACACCCUGAGCUGCCACUCGCAGCCGGGGUACAUGUCAGCAGAGCACGCUCAGUCCUGGCCUUCAAUCAAUCUCUGGAUGGAGACCGAGGAGAGCGACAUGCGAAGCUGCCCUCUCUGCCAGCUGAUCUUCCCUGUCGGUUACCCUGACGAUGCCCUCAUCAAGCACAUUGACUCCCACCUGGAGAACAGCAAGAUCUGAUUGCCACGGCAACCAGCCCGCACACAUCUGCGCUCUCCUCUUAUAGAUUAUGUAAGAGAUUGGCAGGCCCGGGCCCGAAAAACUGGGAGAGUCAAACGUAGAAAUCCCAGACGAGCCAUUUCUCACCAGUUAGCGUUAAUCUAUAAAGGUAGGGAUGCAAAAUGGGCGCAGGGGCCUGUUAUAUUCGGGAAGUACUUCAACAUCGGGGUCCGUGUUGGAUUCCACAUGCAGAGUCCUUAAGACAGAUCUGCCUGUAUAAUCACUGGCUCUGGUUGCUGCUGUUUUGUUAUGAGUCUUGUUGUGUGGUUUCAGACAGUUUCAGGUGUUGUGUUGUUUUUCGCUUCACGGUGUAGUACACUUUGAUUUAGCAAAGUAAGCCAAAGACGAGGUACGAGAGGCAGGACGGAAGGUUCAGGGGCUCUGCAUGUCAAAGCAAAACAAACAUAAUCCAUCCAGUAAAACGAUCAGGGAGAUCUGAACCAGACUAUUCUCAGCACUUAGCUUUAAAUACUGUACACCUGCUCGGACAGUCUCACACACACACACACACACACACACACUACAGGAUAUUUCGCAGAGUGCCAAGAACACUGGCUUAUUGAACUGACAGAUGUACAAAGUCAUGUAGGACGGUGAUUAGUCAGAGUUCAGGAGUUUUAGAGGAUCUGAUGACACUGUGAAGGGAUUCUGUCUGUCGGGUUCGAUGCCAGUUCGCGUUCGCUCCUCUAAAACUACGACGCACGUAUCCACGGCUGUUAAGAAAGUACAAAACAUUCCAGUCUCACGUUUAAUCUGCUGACAAAGCUGGCUGAACAUGAAUGUGAAAGUGUCGCGAUGAUGCCCUGCAGGGCGGGGCGCUGAUGUGUCUUCUCUCCGAGCAGAGGGGAAAUAUAUGUCAGAAUAUACCUUUAUGCUUGCGGCCUGUUUCAAAAGAAAAAAAAGAACUCAGUAUCUUAGCACUUUAAGUUAGCAUAGCCUAUGAAAUGUAUCUGUUUUCAAUCCCCAUAUAUAUUUUCCAUGUAUAAUUUACUAUUUAUAUUGUCGAUCUGUAAGGCAAAAAAAUAUGAAGAUAUAUUUUUGCAAAUGUUAACGCACCACAUGGUCUCAUGUCAGUGUCUCUCCCAUGUGCUCGCACACUGCUGUAAAUAACAGGAGUCGGAGGUCAAAGUCCCACCACGCCGCACGGGAUUCACACUUUUUGCUGUACAAAGACUUUUAAAUUGUCAACUGGGAUUCUCAUCGGUCUUCCUAAAGAUCUGACCUUCAAAACAGUUUGAUGUCACGACUGCCCAGACCACCCAACAAAAACCACGAGAAAGAGAACACACACACACUACGACCCAGCUGGCUGCAUGAGAUCAAGACUUCUGACCUGCUCUGGAGGAGAAAAGCAGCAGGCUUUUUAAGUGUACUGUAUUUCUAUCACGGAGAUCUGAUACCAGAAACAACAUCUCCGAAUCAGCAAAGUUAUUUCUGCAGGGUUUCAGCAAUGACAAUACUCUUCUUUUGAUACAUGGGUUUAAGUUUUUAAAAUCACAAGUGGAAUCUCAGCUGGAGAUCUGACGCUUGUGGGACUUCUUUUUGAGGAAAAAAUAUGACAAAAUAAAAAACAACAACAACAAAAAAACAAAAAAAAAACAGAGUAACACUGAUGUCAGCUAAUCUGAGGCGUUCAGUUACAUGUGCAGUUUCUGUUGUGGGGAUGUCCCUGCGUACCACCCAUGCAUUCAAACUGGUUUGAAGUGACUGAAGAGAUGAUAUGCGGUAGAUUAGAGCACAUAGGGUAGUGACUGUGGCAGCAGGAUGUUUUAGGAUGUAGAUUUCAAGUCCUUGUAUGGGGUUAACUUCUACUUACCUGAAGAACUCCAGAGCUCCACACUGAAGCUCUGGAGGCUUCGAUCUUUCUCAUGAAGGUUUAAAGAAACGAGUUUCCAAUGAGGGGAUCAAGAAAUAUCAGAUUAAAGGAUAACUCUGGUUUAUUAACACUUAGAGAUUAUUCUUUUCCCUGGCAUUUUGUCCACCGUCGUCCACCGUGUCGUUCAAUAGAAAGUUCUAAAAAUAUUGCUAAAGUCUGCUGUCACCUGACCUUUAACCUUCAGUUCAUAGCCAAGGCGCCUGAUAGAAGAUAAACUUCCACAAAAGAUUUCAACGAGCGGGCCGACUAACUGAAAUGAUUUCGGUUUCAUCGUGCGUUAGGAUUUUCAUGACCGAGCUCAGUGGGUGUCGAUGUUUGAGUGACUCCUCCAUACUUUUGGUGUUGCAGCAAUUCAUUGGAAAAAAAAAGCACGUCCCGCCUGCAGAGCCUUGAACAUUACAUACAACGAAACAAUCGGACCAGUUGUUCUGUUGCUUGCAUCUCUGACAUUAUGAUUAAACAGAGAGUUUAUUUAAAGGCGAGGUCUGCUUCAUCCUGUGGCUGAAAUCAGAAAAAAAAGUACCUACCGCCUCCACAAACGGGUACCUGUGGGGAAACCCUGGAAACUAUUUCGAAUUUCACAAGAAAAAAGGAGUGAAGCAGAGAGCAAUCUGAAAAUAUCACAAUUUAAACUUUCAAACUUCCUCCACGACUCAUUAUUCAUCCGGUGGACUGCUUGUGUUUCGUUGUUUUUAGCACUCAAGCAAUUACAGUGUCUGAAUAAACUGGAGUUAUCCUUUAAAGAGCUACAUCUUGAGGUGUACAAUAAGGCAGUACGGAGAUACUUGACCAUUAAAUCGAAGAGGGCUGUAUUGACUCCCAAUUAUUCUAUACUGUAUGUAUGUUCCUAUAUCACUCUAUGUAAAAAAAAAA